UAUUGAGACAAGUCUUACUAUUAUAGCAUUGUUUUAUUGGCCCUGGCCUUCAUUGGAUACACCAAGAAACCAGAAUGAGCGAGAAAUAAUGUUGCGCGUAUCAUUAAGUUUAGCAGCAAUUUCUUGCAUUUUUCGGCCGACUAAUGUGAUAAUAUGGAGUUUCUUAG